GCUGAUUGUCGCGUGUGUCAGUCACGUUUGCACUGAUGAUGAAGAUAAAACCUAAUGUUAACCCAGCUACCAAGCAGUGAGUCAGUUCAGCAGACAGGUCCUCUAUCACCUUCAAAUUACAUUGUUUCCAAAUUGCUAUUAAGGGAAAAACGACCUUGAAUUUUGUAGACAUUCCUCAAAGAGUGGAACAAAGUCGAGGACUGACGGAGAAAAUUAUGCCUUAAUCUUAAGAGGGAUAAAACAUGUCAGAUCAAAGAAUUAACCCGUAUAUGAUUAGUACUGGGGCUUGUAAGAUUAGUACAGCUACCAAGACCUAAUUAUGCCUGAAUUAGGACUAUGCGUCUUUGCUGCGGAAAACUGAGCAGUGGUGAUAUGAUCGGUUGGGUGAAAGUGAAGUAAUGGACUGAAUAAUUUAUGUGCGGUGAGAGUUGGGGUAUAGUGGGUACGUUAUAGAAAUGGCUGGGGUGAGGAGGCAGAGAAGGAGGGGUAAGGCUAUGGGUGGAGAGAGAAAGAUGCUGUUGCCAGGGAACAGCAGCCACAUAGAGGACCAAUGAAAACAACAGCAAGAAUAUCUAAUGGAGUGAAGAGACUCAGAGACUGGGGCUUUUCCCCCAAAGUUGCUGCAGUGAUAAGCAAUCUGCCUUCACAGUGAGAUCUGGAUUUUAAAGAGGAUUUUAAAAGAAGGAUUUUAAAUGAUGUUUGGGAGUGGAAAGAGACCCUCAAAAUGCACUUGGAGCUAGAGGAGAGAAAACGGAGAGAUAGAGGGAGGGAGACCAUGAUGCCAGAGCAGAUGCAUUCUGAUUAAAGGAAUUUUGUGUCUUGGUGGUGUGGACGUAGGAGCGGAGAGGCAGGCUGUCGACUCGCUCUUCACGGCCAGUCUCUUCCAAACAAAGGUGGGCAGAGGCGGAGGAGAGGAGAGGGGGUCCAGCACAGAGGUGCCCCCUGUCUCCAGACACCUGCUGCUGGCUCAUGGCUGACAUUGGGGACACUGUAUGACUGUGUCUGUGCACGAGUGUGUGCAUGUGAAUGAGAGAAGAAAUUGCAGCCUGACCUCUUGCUUUGCUAUUGGUGUGGAGGAUCAAGACUCUCUUCACUUAAACCCUUUGCAUCUUUGAAGGACACACAGACAAGGACCAGUGUGAGGUUUUCGUGGGAUCACAAACCGCUCAUGCCCUGGCUCUCCUCUCUGAGGGAUGGGCACCACAGAGGCGACACUACGAAUGGAGAACAUGGAAGUGAAAGAUGAGUGGCAGGAUGAAGACUUCCCCAGAUUGGGAGGCAGGAAGCCAGGGAGCAGGUGCAGCCCUGUCUGUAAAUGGUCUCAGGCUGCGUCAUGUGACGCUACAGCAGUCGCUGAUCAACAACAGAGCAUCGCCAGGAAAAUGGAGACCACUACCAGAGUACGGUGACAUGGAUCCCUCCUGCGGUCUCACAGACAACAGGUCCUCCCCCCCUCACACACUGAGUGUGAGCCCGCCUGGAGGAGGAGGAGGUGUGUCAUCCCACAGAAAACGUCGUACGCUUGUUGCUCCAGAGAUGAACCUCUCACUGGACCAGAGUGAGGGUUCUUUGUUGUCAGAUGACUUCCUGGAUACACCGGAUGACCUGGACAUAAAUGUGGAUGACAUCGAUACACCUGAUGAGACAGACUCACUGGAGUUCAUCACCAAUGGGAAUGAGCUGGAGUGGGAAGAUGACGCACCAGUAGCCUCAGCCAAAGCAGGUCCUGGUGCCAGCUCAGGACAAGCAGAUGAAGACGGGAAUGCCAACAGCGGACGUCUGUGGAGGACGGUGAUCAUCGGAGAGCAGGAGCAUCGUAUUGACAUGCAGGUUAUCAGACCGUACCUGCGGGUCAUCACACACGGAGGUUACUAUGGCGAGGGCCUCAAUGCCAUCAUUGUUUUCUCUGCAUGUUACCUGCCUGACAGCAGCUGUCCAGACUACCACUACAUCAUGGAGAACCUCUUCCUGUAUGUGGUGAGCAGCCUGGAGAUGCUGGUGGCUGAAGAUUACCUGAUCAUCUACAUGAACGGAGGCACUCCUCGGAACAAGAUGCCUGGGAUCAGCUGGCUGAAGAAAUGUUACCAAAUGAUCGACAGAAGAUUGAGGAAGAACCUGAAGUCUUUGGUCAUUGCUCAUCCUACCUGGUUCAUACGCACUGUCCUGGCUAUAUCUAGGCCCUUUAUCAGUGUGAAGUUCAUGAAUAAGAUCCAGUACGUCCACAGCCUGGAUGAACUGGCAGAGAUCGUCCCCAUGGAGCACGUCCAUGUUCCAGAGAGUGUGGUGCAAUUUGAUGAGGAGAGGAUUAAAGCACGGAGGGAAAGGAUGGAACAGGAGCGCAGACAGCAAGAGCAGCAGCAGUCAGUCCCACAGGAACCAAUUAAAAAGUCAGAGAGGCCAAAGUCAAUGAUUGCAGAUCAAGGAUUAUAAGACAGACAGAGCUUGAAACUGAAGAUCAAGACGGUGAAUGCUCCUUCUCCUUCUCCCUGUCUACCACGGGCUGACACAUGGUAACCUGAGAAUGUGAAAGGAAAUUGUUGCUGUGUUACAAGAAGUCUGUCACCACGAAAACAGUUUUUGGCUUCAUUGGCUCGUUACCUUGCUGUGUGGUCUGACCUGUUGUGUCCUUAUACUGUUAAAUUACAGUACAAGGACAACAGGUUAAGGCCUGGCGUUUGUGAUGUGUACAUAUGUAUAAAAGAUUUAACAUUUUGCAAGACAAGAGAUGUCUAACAAUAACAUUAUGGUGUAACUGAUGCUGAGCUUUUGUCAAGUGUGUGACAUUAAAACCAAGCAGGUCACACACUUUUCUUACAUGUGCAAAGGUAAUGUGUAAAUACUGAUGGUUCUACAAUGCUUCUGAUGCCUUCAUCUUCUUUUUUUGCUUCAUACCUGCUCUGCCACAAGGCUUUUUAAGAUCCUACUUUUGCUGUGUUGACAUUUUGGAAAAUGUCCAGUUGUACUUAAAUCUGUACUGUUCCUUGUGUUAUGAUGUGCCUCAGACACGUUGUGCUUAAAAGAUGUAUUAUUUAGCCUGAAGUAUACAUAUGCCUGUGUAAAAGCCCUGUGUAAGUCAGACAAGCAACACAAACAUUGCCCAUAUUAGGCGGGUUAAUUGUAUCAGUUUCAUAUGUUGCCUAAACAUAUUUUCUAAGUUAAGAUUGCGGAUCAUGUUCUGUUCACUAACUUGAUAAUGUACAUAGCAGCCUCUAAAAUGGACAAUGUUUAUGUGGCUUACACAGAGAAGUAGUUUGUGUUUUAGCAAAGUGACAUCUCCUUAGUUCCCCUGUGUUUGUUUCUGACUAACUUUUAGGAAAAAGGCGCCAUAGUCUCAUCUUAAUGCAUUGAUUGUACAUUACCUGAGGUUACAUUGAUUCUCUCUGAUGUCUUCCAUCUGUUGUAGCAAGAGGACAGAGAAAUAAGUGUUUUUAUUUUUGUAAAGAAAUGCAUAACUGUAUUGCCUGCCUGCCUUGUUUUGCACUAUUGAAUGGUUUUAGCAUAUCAUGUGACUAAGGAUUUCCAUUAAGAAGUAGAUGUGUCCUCCUAAAAUGUAUUUGUUUUUGUCUUUUUCGUCAGUAUUAGGACUUCUGGUAGUAAGCAGUUUUGUAGCUGUUAGUAAUGGAUGAUGCUUCUUUUGUACAAAAAAAGGACUCCUGUCAUUUCUGUUUCUAAAGUGCCAACUCAGUUUAGUUUCUUCUUUUUUUGCCUUUCUGGUGCAGGAAUGUUGCAAGAACACUUCAGCCCUUAGACCAUUUUCCUGCCAUUCAGCUGUUUUCACACCAAUAAACCAAACCUGAGCAGUUCUGUCAAAUAUUUACGAAACAUUUUGCGCAGCUCUUCAUUCGUUGGGAACAUUCCUUUGAGGAUUGUUGGCUACACUGAGUGCCUAUUUUUGAACAAAAUGUUUAAAAGAAAUCCAGAAAAUGUGAAGGAAUGCAACUUGUAGCCUUUUUGUUUUAGUUCAAGGGGUUUACAAUAUCAGUCACAGUCAGGCAAUGUUUGCAUAGAGAUGACUGAAUUGAUCUUGGUCAUUUUUACAAUGAAAGCACAACAUUUAUAUUAUGACAAAUAGUUUGCCUUCCAUUUAUCUGCUGUUAAAUGUUUGCUCAGAUCUAAUGGGGAAAGAUGAUCUUAUGUUCUUUGGAUCUAUAUGAUCGGUUCUGCCUCGUAGAAAUAACUGAAUAAACUUUUCCCCUCUAAA